AUGACCAGUGAAGCAUUUAUAGCAGCAUUCAAGAGAUUUAUUUCACGACGAGGAAUUGUUACAAACAUGUACUCGGACAAUGGCACCAAUUUCGUAGGCGCAGAGAGAGAGCUUCGAGAGCUUCAAGAUCUGUUUACAAACGAAGAACAUCAGAGAAGAAUCGUCGAAGAAUCAACCGCUCACCUCAUUAAGUGGCACUUCAUUCCACCCCGAUCCCCUCAUUUCGGAGGCUUAUGGGAAGCUGCUGUUCGGUCAGUGAAACAUCAUUUGAAACGAGUUGUAGCCAACGCCUCACUCACCUUCGAGGAAUUUUACACUACUUUAACAAUGAUUGAAGCUUGCUUGAACUCUCGUCCUCUCACUCCCCUUUCCACUGACCCAAAUGACCUUUCACCAUUAACCCCUGGUCACUUUCUCACUGGUGAUGCUUUAACCGCAUUACCUGAACCGAACAUUUGUUACAUUCAAUUAAACAGGUUGUCACAUUGGCAGAGGACACAGCAGAUUGCGCAGCACUUUUGGACACGAUGGUCCAAAGAAUAUCUGUCUCUCUUACAACAACGGCCAAAGUGGAGAUCAGAAGCAGCCAACAUCCGGCUCAAUCAACUAGUUCUCCUGAAAGAAGACAACUUGCCCCCUCUCAAGUGGGUUACAGGUCGAGUGGUGGCGGUCCAUCCUGGAGCGGACAAUAGGAUCCGAGUCGCCACCGUAAAGACGUCGUCUGGCACCUUCAGGAGAGCAGUCAACAAGCUAUGUAUCCUCCCCCUAGAACCUAAUACAGUGCAAGAGUGUAAUGUGUAA